AUGAGCGAUCUGGCACCCUUUGUCGCCGCAGCACUCAAAGACAAGGUUGUCGCAGAGCUGUUAGAAGAAAAUCGACGCCUCAAACGUCAAGUGGACAGCUUUCAACGAGUCCGGAUUACGGGCAAGAAUGGAUUCCCCGUCUAUGCCGAACACGACUUUGCCUUGGGCAAACCCACGGAUCACGGUUGGUGGGUGGUUCGGUUGCCCACAGCUGCCACUACCGUGUCUCCUCUCGUGGAGCCCAUUCCCUGUCCCAUGUCGCAGCUGGCCGACUGUGAGGUCCACGUGGGCAACUUUCGAAACAUGACCUGCCGAGAUUUCCAAGACUGUUUCUUCGAUGGCAACCCUAAGGGAUAUUUCAGUCUCUUUGCCACCAAGGGUCUCUGGUUGUGUUGCUAUUUGGAUGGCGUCUCGGACCCUCAUUAUCGCGCCCUGUGUCGUGCGGCGGCUACCCAAGAAACUGUCCAUGAAAUUCUGCGGACUCAUUUUGAUGAUCCCAUGGAGGAUUUGAACGUAUAUUUCACACACCUGACAUUUUGCGGAGGAUCCGCGUCCGAAGCUAUUCGACAUUUGGAAUUGCUUCCGGAACAACCACAUGCACAUGCACAAGAAGAUGCAUCUCUAUGA